AGUUCUCCUGUCCCAACUUCAUCUUUGCCCCGUCGCAAGUCAUUGCGGCUCAGCGGCUCGACAUACCACAAAAACUCAGGAAGGAUACGGCAGUCAGUGUGUGUUUGAAAAAAUUGAGGGAGUCACUUCAGCGGGUACAACGAGCGUACCUACAUGUCAUACCUCUUCCCCCACACACAACCUCCUCAAACGUGACGGGAGGGCAUUCUCCUUUUCCCGGCAUUUGUCUUUGCUGAUCACUUCUGUUUUUUUCUUCAGUAUUGUUCUCUCUCACGUUGCCUCGACUCUCCCUCCUUCGUGGAAGUCAAACAUGCGUCCUCCAUCGCGGCCGUCCGCCUCCUCCAACAACGAUGAUCGCCGCGGCAAUCGUAAACGCAGCGACGACGACGGCGGCGACGGCGGUGGCCUUGUAGGUGCCCUCGUCGUAGGCGCUGUUUUUCUUGCCAUCGCCGCUGUGUCGUACUUCAGCAGUAAAGAGCCCGAAGCAGAGGCCGCGUGUGAGAAGGACAGCGGGUACUACACGCUGCCGAAGCGGGGCGACAGGGGGGAUGUGGCGAGCGACGACGAUGGCGGGAGCCGCUGUGGGGGGUCGAGUUUCGCUGGACCAACGUGCGUGUGCUGCCGUGUGCGGCCGCAGCGCUUCAUGUUUGUGAAGUGCCGGCACAUUUGUCUGUGUGAGACGUGCUUGAUCCGCAUGGGUCGCGAUUACGAGGACACCAAGCUGCAGGGGAGCUUCGACGGUGCGGUGAAGAUGCCGUGUCCGGUGUGUCGACAAGUGAGCUGCGUGGUGGAGACGUACGCGGCUUGA